AUGACCGACAGCCCCAUCCUCCAGCUGGCCGAGACUAUCCAGACAGCAUCCAUCAACAGGCAUCCCUCGCCCGCCCACGAUGCCAACCCCUCUACGGCCGCAUCCAUCAAGCAGCCCGUGCGCCUCGACGACCAACCUGACCUUGACCACCUGCCAGACGACGUGAAUGACCACGAGAUCCCUCUGUCUGUCCUGAAGCCCGCUCCGCGCAGCAAGCAGUUUCCUCCCCUGCCCGAUCUGCGCUUCGAACAGAGCUAUCUCGCCAGCAUUCGCGAUGCUACCUCGUGGCAGAUGGUUGCCUACAUCACCCUCAGGGACCAACUGUUCAUGCCCUUGACCCAAGGUUUGCUCUGGACCUUGGUCGUCGCAGGCUGGAAGAACUGGAAUGCGCUUCACAACACGUCGUCCAACUUCUCGGGCUCCAGCAUCGGCGCUCGUCUGAGAAGGUGGUGGUGGCAGACAAACAACUGGGCUAUUCCCAAGCCUCGCUCUUCCUUGCGCGACCCGAAGCUCGCUGCCCAAGUCCAAGAGUAUUAUCAAGCCGAGUUCAGCGCCGGCGCUGAUUGA